AUGUGGAGCUCGCAGCAGGUUCAGCGAUACGCAGGGCCUCAUGCGGCAAUUCCAACAUCAUCAGCUCUCGGUGGUGUUCAGAUGGGUAGUGCUGCCCUGAUGCCACGUGUUCCUGGUGCUGCUGCAGCUGCUGCUGCCGCCGCCGGUGCUGCUCUGCCACCUGAAAUGCAGCAACCGGCCUACGCUCCAAGGCGGCCAACUUAUUGCAUGCAGCCGUCUGGACCGUCAUUAGGCAACGCUUCUCCCGGUGCUGCUCCACGACUGAGGUACUCCGCACCAUCAUCGAGCUCACCGGCACAUCAACAGCUGCAACCCCAAUAUCCGUCGCACUCAAUGAUGCAGGGUGGUCGUGCGAUGAUGGUUGGAACGCCCGGUGCUGCUUAUCCACCUCAUAUGGUGCCGUCCACAUCAACGGGUAUCUCGGGAAUGCAUGGUGUCCCCCCAGGUGCAGCGACGUUGGGACCACUGGGCCAACCCUCGUCAUCAGGCCUCAAUAUUCCCCCGACACAGCCGGUCAGUGGUGGUGGUGCUGCUGGAGCUAGUGGGGCCGGCGCUGCAGUACCAUUUCACCCGAUGUUCGCGCAGUUCCAGCAACCACCUCCAAUGCAAUUCCCCGCGGGUAGUGUUGAAGCGACAACGAUCAGUCAACGUAGGAGGCGAAAAUUGCUGUACAAAGAACUGAUACGAGUCAGCGGGAAACGUUUAGUAAUGGCUCUGCGUAGUGGUUUAGAAGCGGAAACAACAUGGGCACUGAAUGCAUUAAACGUCAUGCUGUACGACGAUUCGGCUCCACCAACAAUGCUCAGCAACAUGCCUGGAUUGCUCAAUACACUUGUGGAUUCGGAGACAAAAGCUCGGACAGCUGACGAUAUGAGUAGUGAAUUUUGGCCACAGGCUUCCGAUAAAGAAGACAGUGCCCCUGUUCGAUCUCUGGUAGCUUUACGGAGCGCCAAAAACGAGCCA